UCGCCUGACAUUCGUCAACUCCAACAAUUGCUUGUACGCUCUCGGACAACAGGCAUAUCAGGAAUCCAUUAAUCACUGUACGCAGGACGUACGCGUGGUAAUCGUGCUUAGUCGGAUCGCCGGAGUUGAUCGAAGGAUAUCAACGACGACGAGGACGACGUUGGGACGUACGGUCGCUAUGCUCCAUCGAUGAGAAAACUGAAGAGAAGGUUGGACAACGGAACGACGGGCGUAUCAGGGCAGACGAGCGAUAUGGCGGGCGGAUUGAAUGCGAGCGCGACGGACACUUCCGACACGGCGAACCGAAUCUGCAGAGACUUCCUGAGAAACGUGUGCCAUCGAGGGAAGCGCUGCAAGUAUCUGCACGAGCGUUCCGAGGACGAUCCCGUGGAGGAGUACACCUUCUGCCACGACUUUCAGAACGGCAUGUGCAACUGGCCGGGCUGCAAGUUUCUCCACUGCACGGAGAGCGAGGAGAAGCGUUUCCGGGCGACCGGCGAACUGCCGCCUCACGUCCUCAAUCGCACCAAGAACAGUAACAGCGACAAGUCGGAGUUUCCGUUGUGCAAGGACUUCAUUAAAGGCAGCUGCCUGAGAACGAACUGCAAGUUCAGACACUGGAAGAAGGAGGAGCCGCAGCAUAACCUGAUAUCGCCGUCGCAUCACAAUGCGUCCAGGCCGCAGCACAAUUUCAACGGCACCAGCAACGGCGGCAGCGUCGGCGGCGACAACCGCAGAUUCGAGGAAGACAGAAAUUUUCACUGGCCAAUGGAGGAUCAGCAUAACAACUUGAUUGCCAACAACGGCGGCUACAACACAUCGUCGCAGCCAACCGAUUACAUAGGACCGCCGGAACCGAAGAGGCGAAUAGUGUCGGGCGAGACCGUCGUCCACUUCGAGGCCUCUCCAUUGGUGGGUCAGCAGCACGCCACUCAACCGGCGGUCACGCCGAGUUACUACUACCCCGUGAUACCGCGUAAUGAAGCAAGGGCGAUCGUACUGGAGGACGAGAACGUACUGUUGAGGAAGAAAAUAGAUGAAUUGAAGAAGCAGGUGAGCGAUCUCACGGCAACGAAUGAAUUCUUGCUGGAUCAAAACGCCCAGCUGAGAAUGUCGGGCAAGCGGCCGGCGAACGUGACGGCGGUGACAGUCCCGGCGGUCACGAUUACGAAUACGGUGCCGCCGUCGCAAGCGCCGACGGUGCCGCAGCAAAUGGUUAACGCGGCCGUGGCCGCGGGCACUCUUCGAACGGUCACCGCCAGCGUGGCCACCGUUCCUGUGAGCAUCGCGACUGUAGCACCCGUCUCUAUCGCGGCCGUCUCGAUGGCGCCGGUCUCGAUACCGCCGCCGAUCGUCACCAUGGCUCAACAAACGAUCUCGAUGAGUGGCUCCGGGCCGCCUCAAGCGGCUAAUCAGCAACCACCUAACACGCAGCAGCCUGCUAGCUUACCUCUGUCAAUAUCCGGCCCAACCGCGCCUCUCGUUUCUUAUCCCAUCAUGACUCAAGAACUUAGGCCUGUCUUGCAGUAAGUUGCGCUCCAAAGGUAGAGGAAACACUUGUAUCUAAUAAGAUAUGUGUACAUUACACUAUGUAGGCAAGUUAAGGAUAUAAUGCGCGUCCAUCUUCCAAGUAAAUAUUUUCUUUCAUAAGUAUAUCCAAGAAACGGAGACACCAGCGGCUGUGGAAUGAUAUGUCACCGCCGUGAACGAAAACGUUUAUUAAUGUAAUUAAUCUUAAAUAUCUUGACACUCUCUACUCUGUUAUUUACCGCGAAGACCAGUAGAGCGUAUCGCGAAGAAUAUCGAUUCUAGCUUCGUUUCUUGCACACAUACUCUUAUAAGAUUGAUCUUAUCUGUGGCAGGAAAAAAAAAAUUCAUUAUUUUCCUCUGUAGGUAGUAUGUAAUUAGGAAUAUACAAAUGAUUAA